UUUUCAAGAUGUCGACGGUCACUUUGAUUAAGGAAUCGAAAAACAGAAGUUCACAGAGUUAUGCUGACGAUUCCCCUAGCAAAAUCUCAGGAUAUCGUGGCAUUGAACACUCGGAUUUACCAUACUUGGAACAUCUGAUACGUCCGAUAACUUACGAAAUUUUCGGAGACGUAGAAUUGGAACGACUCUACGAAACUUCUUGUCUCUCGAUAAUCCAAUACAACGAUAGACAUGAUAUCGUUUCGGGGAUAUGCCUUUGCAAUUAUCCCAAUAUUCCAUCUGUACCACCAUGCGAUUGGUUGACUUGGUUAAAAACGAUUUAUGGAAUUCCUGCUGCCACAGAAAGAAACACGAUGUUCGUACAUUUGUUGGUGUGGGAUGAACGUUAUUCAAAUGGGUUUUUGAAGGAACUAUUGGCCACGAUUUUUGACAUUACCACCUAUUGCCAAUAUGUAAUCCUCAUAGUACCUCCUCGGGUUAUACUAAGUAAUUCUUUUUAUCGAUUUAUAUUCCUCAAGUCAAAAUGUAGCGAGGAGGAUAACGAUGAUGUAAUAUCGAUUAUCGGCGGUGAAGAUAUACAUCUGAGAGAACUUUAUGGGGAGUAUUACAUCAGCGAAAUAAUUCGUUAUCCGGAUAAUUGUCGUCAAUUGAUCAUCGGAGAAGACGCCGAUGGCUCGGUAGCAGGUGUUAUGUGUCUCAAUUCCACAAUUGACGUUGAUCUGUUGAAUGAGAAUUUUGAAUUGACUCCGUAUAACAAUUUAAGAAAGUUACAUGAAAAUGGUAAAACAUCAAUUGAUUUCGCCGUGAUCAUUCAUGCGAAUUUCUUCAAGCUUUUAUAUUUGUUAGAAUCGCAAGAAUAUGGGCAGCAACGAUUCAAUCGGAGUUUGAAUGAUGAUACAUCAGGAAUAAUCAAAGCAACUCGAGAUGAAAGAAAUUUCGAAAAGAGAGAUAAUAAGAUGAUGCAAACGCAACUCAUUCAUGAUGAUGUUCUGCUAAUACGUCCGACAUAUCACGGUGAAAUAAACGCUUUCGUUUUGGAAAUUUUUGCUACACGUGAUGAGAUGAGGCCUCAUUGGUCAUAUGAUUUCUUGGAAGCUGCUUUUGACUGUUUUCCACAUUUAGAGUACUGCGCGAUUUCUCUCCCUUUUUCGCAUCCAAACUAUCAGUUUCUUCAACAUUUUACGCGUGUACCAUUGAAAUAUGACAAAGAUUUCCCGAUGACGUUAUAUAUUGUACAUCGAGCGCUUCUUCGCAAAAAGAUAAAGUGUCGUCGCGCUCAAAUACGAGAUCGAAAGUGUGUACAGGAACUUUUAUUCACUAUACCGAAAUACAACGAAGUUUUGACCGACUUUGAUUUUGCGAUGAAUCCUUUGCAGCUCGAUCUAGAUUGUUUCGUUUUCGAAUGUAACGAUACAAUGAUCGGACUCGCUAUAUUACGGUUAUUAUGUACACGAAUGCAUCCUUUGGUGUCUUGUUUGGACGAUAUGAUUCCAGUUAAUCCUCGAAACAAGCUGAAUAAAUUUCAAUAUUCGGAAAAUCUUGAUAGCUGCAAAAAUGACGUAAGAAAUGAAGAUAAUGAUAACAAUAAAUUCUCUUUAUUUGUAACGUCGCCAAGAUUGGCAAUGAUGCCACGUGUAAUUAUUGAUAUGAAGAUCGUCAUUGUUGGCGCAUCGGAAUGUGGAAUUGCUUUUGCGGAAUAUCUUGCUUUACGAUCAAUGCAACAUUAUAUACAAUUCACAAAUCUUACAUUAAUAUCGCCACAUGGUAUACCCUUUGAUAAUAAACCAAGUCGUGCAGAGAUACGUCUACUUCCAUUUAAAGGAAAAUUUUGCUUAGAAUAUCGUUGUUGUAUGACUGCGAGUGCUUGGAUCAAUAUUGUUUAUGGGACUAUGAUAGAGAUUAACAGGAAAGAAAAAUAUGUGAAUGUGCUGAAUCAAGGAAAUAUUACAUACGACUAUUUGGUUUUAACAUGCGGCUUACAAUAUCAAAGAUCAAUGUUACAAGAAACAUCAAAAAUGAUGAAUACAGAAGAGCUAAUACCAUGGAAUUGUCUUACUGUAAAUGAUGAUACGGAAGCUUCUAUAUGCUUGAGAAAAAUUCGGCUAUUAACAAACAAUCUUACAGAAAGAAGUAAAUGCCUGAUUCCAUUAGAAGCAAUACUUUUUUACGGUUGUAAUAUUGAUUGUUACUGCGCACUUGGUGGUUUGAUCAAGUUCGGUGUAAAGCCUUCGUGGAUCACGUUAAUCAAGCCGAUCCUGAACUCUCACAACACGCAUGACAAAAUCUUUUUUGGCAAUUGCGAAGUAUAUUAUGCUCGUAAGGUGGACAAAGCAGUGACAAACGCUAUUUUACGAGACGAGAUUCAAAUUUUAUCCGAAUGGAACAUGAUCGAUUGGAUUCUGACAAAAGAUAACGAUGGAAAACUGAUGAUCGAAAGUAUCGCGAUCGAAAAAGAGGGCAAAGUAAGAAAGUUGGUUUGCGAUGCUCUCUUUAAUUUUUAUGAGAAAACGAUUGAUUUAAAUGCAUUUUCAGCAUUUAGUCAUGCCGGCCUCGUUUUCGAUGGUUUGCUAGUAAUAGAUUCCGAGUGUCGUACCAAUGAUCCGUUUAUUUUCGCCGCAGGUACCAUGACGAAAUAUUCCAGAAAGUUUUAUGCCGAAUCGUGGCAGCACAAGUAUUACAAUAGUGUAGAAAUUGGAGAGAGGCUCGCCCAAAUUUUAUUAAGAGUGAUCGAUAUUCAUCAACGAGACAAACAGAAGGAAGAAAGAGAAUAUUUGACAUUCUCAGUAUUUCGUAAACCUAUCGUGAUUGCAUGCAUGUUGCCGGGCGAUUAUUAUUAUUUGCACGUACACAAACCAGGAGAGAAAACUUGGGACGAAAUAACAAAUAAAGAUAGCGAAAUGUUUGUAACUGGUUCUUGCGCAUCUGAAAUUGGGUACUUCCGUAUUGGAUUAAACGAGUAUAACUCGGUGGAAACUGUAACGUGUAUUAAUAGAAAGAUAUUUCAAGUACAGAAUAUGAUCGCUUUGUAUGGGAAACACGAGAGUAUGUUGAACGAAUUAAAAUUCCGUUUUCGAAGUUUAUAUAUCUCGGACUUUUACGCGUACUUUCGCGAACCUUGGGCUGCAGCAAUUUUUCAUGAUAAAUUUGAGUGCCUGCGAGUUGAAAAUCGGGCAACUUUGCUAUCACAGAUGAAUUUUUACGGUGAUUCCUUGAUUGAUGAAUGCAUGCGCGCUUUAAUUAAAUCUAACUGGAAAGCGAUAUCCGAAAAAGAUCGACGUUACAUCGAAUACAAGUAUACUGGUUCGAUUUAUCAUCGAGAACUCGAAGACAAUCUUAUGAAUUUUUUGGAAUUUUGCGAAGAUGAUUUAUCGAUGUAUUGUACACCGCAUAGACAACGCGAAAUGUAUAUGGACAUCAAGGAGAGUCCCUUAUAUUUCGAUCAAUAG